CUGAGAAUAAGGUCUUUUUCAGCCGUGAAACAGAACGGAACCAUGUUUCCUUCUUAAAGCCUGCAGAUCACGAGGCCUCAGCACUAAUGCCUUCAGGCUGACUGGAAGCAAAUAUUCUCAGCAGUGCAUGGUCCUGAUAGUCCACUUUGCAAGCCACGUGCUUCACACUGCCCACCAUGCCAACCUUACCUGAAGACAAGGGACAAUCAGAAGAGUCACAACACAACAUUUCUCCUUCAGCCAAAGACACUGUUGUUGAAGGGACAGCGUGCCGGACACCUUCUAUUGUUCUUUCAGAGAAUGCUGUAGCACCAGACAUGGAAAUUGAUAAAAAUCUGGUUAACAGGCCUCGUAGUCCUCAUAGGAGACACUCUAACCGUGCCACUAGGAAUCCACCAAGUUCAUUGACUUCUGUUGACAACAGCGGUCAUGUCAUUGACCUUGUAAAUGAUCAGUUACCUGAUGUAAAAAUAUCGGAGGAAGACAAAAAAAAGAACCUUGAAUUACUGGAAGAAGCUAAGAAAGUGAGUGAGAGGUUUCUCAUGCGCAGAGGCAGGAAGUCAAGAAGCAGCCUUCCCGAGUCACCCACAGGGUCUGAUGGAUGCACAACCAGUAGUGUCGAGUCAGUAGGUCCAGGGCAGAAUAACAGAGCUGUGAAAGAGGAAGACAGACAAACUGUAGAGAAUGCUGUAAAAGGACUAAUUGAUCGAAGGCAGAAUGAUCAAAGAAAGAUUUCUCAGGGAAGGUUGGUUCCUCGUUCUGCUGGUUUUGAAAACUCCAAAGAGAAGCUCUCAGAGCAAAAAGAAAACUUUGAUCCGUGUAAACACAUGGAUACUUUACCUAAAUGCUCCCCUUCAGGUGGUGAUGGUGGCAGAAUGUCUCUUAAUACUUACACGAAUGUUUGUGAAAAUGAACUUGGAAAAUCGUUCCUCAAGAAAACAAAAGAAAAUGAUGUUCCUCUAAGAACUCAUCUACCAACAUCAGGAAAUAUAGACUCAAAGCUAAAAAUUUCUUUUCAAGAAAUGAGGGACCAUAAAGUUUCAUUUAAACCAGAAAUUAAACUUUGUGGACUUCGUCCUCCUCUCCUACGGGCUGUAUCAUGGGAUAGCUUGGAGCCUGGACAGAAAGAUAAAACACCUUUAAAAUUACCAUCUGAGGAAGAUAAAAGCUUUGUUGUUGGAAACAAAUCCAGCAAUCAGUUAAAAGCGUUCAAAGACCUUCAAAUCCAAGUUCAACCAGUUCGAAUGCAGAAAUUGACAAAGCUCAGAGAGGAGCAUAUUUUGAUGAGAAAUCAAAGUUUGGUUGGACUCAAACUUCCUGAACUUAGUGAAGCCGCUGAACAAGAAAAAGGCCCUUCACCUCUCCCUUCCCCCACUGAAGAGGAAGAGACAAAGAAUAGCUCUGAUGUCAUGCCCAGCAUUCCUGAUGUAUUGCUGCGAAAACUACGAGUGCACAAAUCACUUCCGGGAAGCUCUCCUCCACUUACCGAAAAAGAAGUUGAGAAUGUAUUUGUACAACUUUCCUUGGCCUUUAGAAAUGAUAGUUAUACCUUGGAAUCUAGAAUUAACCAAGCAGAACGAGAGAGAAAUCUUACUGAAGAGAAUGCUGAGAAGGAACUGGAAAGCUUUAAAGCAGCCAUUACAUCUUCAGCUCACUUAUGGCAUCAUUAUGAACACAGAGAAGCUUACCAGAAGCUAUUGGAGGAUAUUGCUGUUCUGCGGCGUUUAGCUGCUAGACUAUCUAGUCGUGCUGAGAUGGUUGGAGCUGUUCGCCAGGAGAAGCGAAUGUCAAAGGCAACAGAAGUAAUGAUGCAGUAUGUAGAAAAUCUGAAAAGAACGUACGAAAAGGAUCAUGCUGAACUAAUGGAGUUCAAGAAACUUGCCAAUCAGAAUUCUAGCAGAAGCUAUGGGGCAUCUGAAGACGGAGUGCCUCGUUCAACUAGAUCCAUGUCUCUUACUGUUGGAAAGAACAUGCCUCGGAGGAGAGUCAGUGUUGCUGUUGUUCCUAAAUUUAACUCCUUAAACAUUCCUGGUCAGCCACCGACAGCUUCACCUAUACCUUCAGUGCCAUCCCAGUCUGAAUCACCUAGUAAUGGAAGAAGCAAUCUAACGUCUACUCCUGUUCUGCCAGCACUUUUAGAAAAUGGAAAGAGUAAUGGAGAUCCUGCCUGUGAAACGGCUACUUCUGUGCUGACACAGAGUGGGUUGGAAGAGAUCAAUCCUGAAACUAAAGCCAAGAUAGAAGAGGAAGCAUAUAACAAAGGUUAUCAGGAAGGCUUGAAGAAAACCAAAGAACUUCAGGAACUGAAGGAAGAAGAUGAAGAUACACCAAAAGAAAGUCCUGAUGAACAUGAAGAAAGUGAAAAUGAACAUGAGAUAAAAAACCUGAAAAACAGCAGACUUGAAGUCAUCAUUAAUUAUUUACAUAUACUGUACCCCAAACUGUGUAAACACUGGAAUGUGGUAUGGCUGGUAGUGGCUGCAAUAAUAAUUUUUGCUGUGGUGUUGGGAAUCUACCAUUCGUUCAACUCCUGUGAUGAAAAAUCAGAGGGACCUGAAGGGAAGGCUAGCUGUUCUGCUGCCCAUCAACAUUCCUGGUGGAACUCAGGAUUUCAACAUGAGCAACACACUGAAUAAUAAAGGAACAGCCACGUACUUAUGAUACCUGAGCAAGUAUGCAUAUUGGAAAACUGUUGUUAUAGGUAGUGCUUAGUUAUCCUUACAGCUGUUAAAUGUGGUCUGUUAGACAAGAGAGUUACCCCACACCAUCAGGUUUGGGGAUACACUAUGAAUGUACCUUAUCAAAAUGACAAUCUGAUAAAUAAUCCUAUCUUGUCUUUUUAGUGUAUAUGACUGAUACAAAUAAAGUAAUACUGAAUCGUGAUAAGGUUGUGGCAGUAAUCAGCCAUCAGCAAGACAUGGUUUGCACAGGACAGUAAUAUCUCUGCUAUGACUCUGAAGAAAAUCAUAAACCUGCAUUUGCAGUUAGUGCUUUGCAUUCCCUGAAUUUAUUACUGAUUGUUGGAGUACUAAUGGCAUUUAAGUCCUUUGGGUUUCAAGAGACUAUCUGCUUCCUUUUUCAUGAUUACUGGGUAGGCAGAAAUAGAAGCUCUUCUAUGGAAGGUUAUGGUUGUAUUAUCAGACUAAAUGCUUUGCUGAUAAAGUUAUUUUAUAAGAGCAAUUAUCCGUAUAACUAUAUAAAUAGAAAACUAAGUACAUGCAUAAAUGUGUUUUAUGGUACACUUUAAGAAUUGGACCACCACUUUUUUUUGUUUUUUAAGUGGGAUACACCACAAACUGUGUCCAGGUGGCAGAGACGAUACUGUCAAAUAAAUGUAUCAAAGUGCUGAGACCAAAAUGCAUGUCAGUAAAGGUAUACCAUACGUACCUGCUGAACUUCAGUUACUUCUGAUUGAAGAUGAACUAUGUCUUUCCAUAACUAUAUGCUUGAAUGUGACCACAAUUUCAAAAUCAGUUUGAUACCUGAUUGCACAUGUGUCUUGCAUUCUUCUGGCAAUUUCUGACUGAUUAACAAGUCUGUUUACAGCUGAAGGAUAAGUAUGUUAUGAAGUACUGUUAUUUCAGUUCAGAUGCAAUUAUUAUUGUCUUGUUUGUUGGUGUAAACACUGAACCUCAAGUUAUCAAAGAAAAUAGGUUUCUAACUCAGAAAUUUAAUUCAUAUAUUGGCACUAGUAACAAAUAUCCUGCCGGUGAGUUUCAUUUGUUACAUCUUUUGCCAUAAAGAAUAUU